AUGGCCGAUUUCGGUGAACCCAUCUCCGAUCAAGAGAAGAUAAACAUAACAACAAACUUCAUUCUUCAUGCACCUCCAGGAGAAUUCAAUGAAGUUUUUAAUGAUGUGAGGAUCCUGUUGAAUGAUGAUAACUUGCUGAAGGAAGGAGGAUCAGGAGCCUUUGCUCAGUACAACAAGGACCAGUUUACACCUUGCAAAGUAGCAGAUUCCGAAGAACAGGUUUUAAUAUCUGAACAUGGUGAUCUAGGUAACGGUAGAUUCCUUGACCCAAGGAACAAGAAAUCAUUCAGGUACGACCAUUUGAAAAAAGAGGCAACUGACUAUCAAGAUGUUGACGUCGACAGAUCAGUCGAGCCUUGGAGAUCAGCAAUAGAGUCUGCACUGACUGCCUACAGAGACCAACAUUACAAAUUUGGAGUGGUCAGCGUCUAUGGAAGUGUACAAGGGGGAAGCAUAACCAUUAUAGCCUGUAUAGAGAGCCAUCAAUUUCAGCCGAAAAAUUUCUGGAAUGGUAGAUGGCGUUCUCAGUGGUCCAUGACCUUUCCCAGCUCUGGGGGCAAGGUUGACCUCACAGGAGUAUUUAAAGUUCAGGUACACUAUUAUGAAGAUGGUAAUGUACAGCUCGUGAGCUCAAAGGAAGUGAAGAAGACAUUAAAUGUGACGAGUGAACAACAAACAGCCAAGGAUUUUGUAAAUAUGGUCCGAGAUUCAGAGCAGGAUUAUCAGAAUGCCAUAGGUGAAAACUAUCAGACCAUGUCGGAUACAACAUUCAAAGCUCUUCGAAGACAGCUACCUGUAACAAGGGCAAAAAUAGACUGGAACAAAAUAGUGGGAUAUCAAAUAGGAAGCCAAAUAAGCAAGAACAAAGCAUGAGGCAUGUGAGCUUCUACGGUCUGAUAUGUGCAUAGUGGAAACAAAAAUGGCUGAACUAAAGGAACGGCACUGCAACGACAUCAGCUGUAUAUCAAGACUUGCCAGAGUGGGAAAUGGAAAUGACACUGGCAUGUCAGAAUCCUGGCAGUUGGAACGGGGCGUGCAAAAAUCUUUACGUAUUGUUUCAAUAAUUGGCAAGACCGGCUUCAGAAAUAUUCACUACUGUGAUAAUUAACUGGUACUGAUUCGUUAUGUAUACAUGUAUGUAUUGCAUUAACAAUAUCGCCCUGGAAUACCAAAUUCUCUCUUACUACAACUGGAACAGACGAUGGAAAAAAAAUUUCAAUUGCUUUUUGGGUAUUUUUUUUAUCCUUUAAUUUCAGGACAAAUCACGCAAAAAUUAUAAUUUAAUUGGCACUGUUUCUGAUUUUACAAUAUGAUGCUAAACAUAUGAUGUAACUUAAGUGCAAUUUAUUGGAUUUUAUAUCCUUAAUUUACGUAGAAUUAAAGCAUUAUAUCUUAAACAAUUUCAAUUGAAUAUCCUUUGAAAUUGAACUGCGAUCUUAGACAAAAUGAGAAUAUGUCUUUUUGAUUUUGUUUAGUUGCAUACAAAUUGACACAGGUGCUUUUUUGUCUGCUUUUUUGAGACCUCUGCAUCAGAUUUGACCUCUGAACCUGUAGCUAACCUUUGACCUCCUAGCGAGCAUUGUUUAAAUUAUUCAGGCAGUGUUCUUUUAGUUAAUACUGGUAUUAGCAUUUACAAAAUCCUAACUCAUUCUUAGAGAUUAAUGUCAUUUUUUCUUGAGAAGUUCAUGUUUCUUUGUUUAAAUCUGUAUGGUGCAACAAGAAAUUGUACAGAGGUAAAUUGUCCUAGACUAAAAUGGACAAUCAGGUAUAUAUUGGCAGAACAGUUUUUACCUGUAGGAGAACAGUCGGCAGAGAAACUUUAAAAAUUUUGUCAAACAAAGUAGUGAAUUCAAAGCAGGUUUGUGAUGCUUCUUAUAUCAUAAAUCUAAGUAUUGAUCAGAACAAGUGAAAUCCUCUUACUUUAAUUGCAUGCAUAGAAAAUCUGUGAAGAUCAUGGAUUUGUUUUCAGUUUUCUGCUGUUAAAAGAUGAUACAAAAUGUAAUUAUAGUAAAUCAUGGCUAUAAUCAAUUUAAUAUCAUGUAUAUAGGAAUAAAUUUAAAAAUAAAAUCCAAAUAUCAGAUUUACUGCUCCUCUGCUGUCAUACUAUUGAUGUUGAAUUUAAAGUACUAGUAUUACUAUCAAUUUGUCUCAACGCUUUGUGGAGUGGGGCCUUUUUAUUCAGGACAACAAUAAGUUGACAGCAGAAGUUAUCAGAACAUACACUGAUAAGGAAUGUCCAUGGUAAAAUGCUUGCCGGUACUAAAGAGAAUCCACAAAAGUCUGAUAAAUAUCUAUAAACGAUAUUGAUUAUUCUUAUAAGAUUACACAAUAUGUUAACCCUAAUCUAAUUAUAAAAACAAUUUAUUAUUGUACAAAGCGCUAUUUUUGUAUGUAUUGUUUUAAUGGAUUGAGUCCCAAAUAUUGACUCUCAAUUACUUCCUGCUUGGUAUCCUGGAUAUAAAGAUUGUUUAAAUGAUUUCCAAUUAAAGAACAUGCUUCUCUACACCCAUGUCUAUUAGAAAUUCCCAAAGCAUGCAGUUAAAUAUCAUUCCAGAUCAAUUAACACAGGUAUUUAGGACAUUGUAUAGCUAAAGUUGAUAUGUUGCCAGGCUGAGAAAUAUAUUUUCUCUUUUCUAGUGUGUAUUGUGAGAAGCAACACUGCCCAAAUAGAAAGUUGAAGUCUGUCUUUGAUAACACUUUUCUUAACAGGGACAGUUUAUUUAAAGUAUUCAUACCUAAUAUACUUACAGCUUAUUUUGGAAAUUGACUUGGUGUUCUAGUAUUGAAAGGAAUUUGAAAUGAGAUUGAAACUUAUUAAAUGUAAAUAAGUUCAUCAUCAUAGAUUAACUCCCUUGGACUGAUAUGGGUAUUACAAUUAUAAGAAAAGCACCAUUGUGUAAAAACUUCUCACUUUUGAAAAAUAAAUCUUUAAUGCUACCAUUUAGAAAGGUAGAAUUCAAUUAUUAGCAAUGGAUACUUUAAAUGUUAUGUCUCUGUUGUCAAGCAGUUUGCUGAUUGUGUAAUGGAUAUGAGUUAGUUUAUCUGUCGAUGUUGGUUAUUAUUAGACUGCUGAGUGGAAAUACAUACCACAUGUGGUUCAUUGUUUAUAGCUGGCAUACAGGUUAUAGAGAAUAUGAUUACUACUAAUAUUAUAACUGGUGGAUUUGGCAUUUUUCUCAUAAUCAUUGAUUUUUUUUUUUUUUUUUUUGCUUUCCUAUUAUUUAUCGCCAAUGAAAAAAGUUAUGUAAUGCCAAAUUUGCUGUCAGAAUUGGUGGAAUAUUUUUAAAAAAAAUUGUUUGAUUUAUAAAAUUGAUACUAUAGUAUUAUGUAAAUUGGGAGUAUGCAGCAUUCACAGGGAAAUUUUUCAGAAAAGCUGUAAUUUUUUUAGUGUUGCAUAGUUUGUUGCAUCACUGACUGAGUUUUAAUGUCAAGAUGAGCAUUUUGAUUUAUUUGAUAAACGUUAGGGUAAAAAUACUAUUCUGCAAAUGACCUACCUGUUGGAACUGACAAAGACAUAAAGCGUUGGGAAGAGAGAGAGAAAGAGAUACUAAGAAGUGGUGGGUAAUUACUGUUUACUAGGUCUGUAAUGGAUGCCUAGUGUAUUUAAGACUUCAGCAAUGUAAAUCUUUUUAAUAAAUAUACAACAAAGUA